GCAAAUGUGCGCCCGGCUCUUUAAAGCGCGGCGGGGACGGGCUCCCACAAACUCUGGGCUCUCCGCGUCCCUCCCGGUUCAUCCUGCAGCCCCAGGUGCCUCCAGCCCAGCCGCCGCAGCAUCCUCACUUCUCCAGCCUCCGGGGCUCAGCAGAACCUUUGAGACCUCGCCGUCAGCGCGGGGACAUGGCGACCCCCAACGGGCUCCGGGUGCCCUGCCCCCAGGCCGCCGUCGCUCGGGCUCUUCUAUUCGGCUUAGUCCUCAUCCAGGUGGCCGGAGUCGCCGGCACUACAGAUGUAGUGGUAGCAUAUAAUAUAACUUGGAAGUCAACUAAUUUCAAGACCAUUUUGGAGUGGGAACCCAAACCCAUCAAUUAUGUCUACACUGUUCAGAUAAGCCCUAGAUUAGGAAACUGGAAAAACAAAUGCUUUCGCACAACAAACACGGAGUGCGACGUCACUGAUGAGAUUGUGAAAAAUGUGAACGAGACGUAUUUGGCGAGGGUCCUUUCCUACCCGGAGGACACCAGCAUUUCCACUGUGGAGCCUCCGUUUGCCAACUCCCCGGAGUUCACACCCUACCUAGAGACAAACCUUGGACAGCCAACAAUUCGGAGUUUUGAACAAGUUGGGACAAAACUGAAUGUGACCGUACAAGAUGCACGUACGUUAGUCAGAGCGGACGGCAAAUUUCUAAGCCUCCGGGAUGUUUUUGGCAAGGACUUGAAUUAUACACUUUACUACUGGAAAGCUUCCAGUACAGGAAAGAAAAAGGCCACGACAAACACUAAUGGGUUUUUGAUUGAUGUGGAUAAAGGCGAAAACUAUUGUUUCCAUGUUCAAGCAGUGAUUCUGUCACGAAGAGCUAACCAGAAGAGUCCAGAAAGUCCCAUCGUGUGCACUAGCCACGAGAAAGGUCUGGCCACAGAACUUUUCUUCAUCAUUGGUGCAGUGAUGCUUGUGAUCAUCAUCUUCAUCGUCGUCCUGUCUGUGACUCUGCACAAGUGCAGGAAGGUGAGAGCAGGGCAAAGUGGGAAGGAGAACAUGCCCCUCAACGCUGCAUAAAAGAUCCUGCUCUUGGAUCUCUCUGCCAGCUGCAGAGCUCGUGCUGCCCUGUGACCAAGAGCUCUUAAGGCAGCAGAGCACAUGGAAACACAAGUGACUGGAGCAUACAGACCCUGAGGCUCAAAGAAAGUUCUUAUCUGACCUCUUGCGAUUAGCAUCUUGGUUUCAACAUCAGCAUUAAGACACUUUGGAAUGUAAUGAGCGGUACAACCAACUCCCAAGUUUUUAAAAUUGCUGUUUUAACACUAAGGCACCUUUUGCACAUAUCAUGGUUUCAUACUGUAUAUUUUCUACAUUCAAGUUGAAGCCAGAUUAUCUAAGGAAAAACAAAUGAACAAAUGCCUUAAAAAUUCCUGCGUGGACUUUUGGAGAACUUUUGAGAGGCUGACAUCAAACCAUGUGGGCAAGUAAGGUGGAAACUGGGUGGACUUUAUAACGUCUGUCUGUCUUUUUGUAAUAUGGUGUUUAAGGUCUUUUUUUUUUUUUUUUGAGUGCUUUCGGAGGUUUCAACAAUUAGCAAACAUUUAUAUGAAUGUGUUAAAAGCAGAAGACUUGUAUUUGGGGCACAUUCUUAAUAUGCAUACAGUUAGCACUUUAACUGACAAAUGCUGUUGAUGAAACACUUGACAGCUAACUAUGUUUUUAUAAGACUACCAACAAAUUAUAUAGAGUUUAAGAUUUAAGGUACUUCAAACUUUAUGGUCCACAUUGUAUGUAUUUAUAUAAUUUGAAAAGAGGUUUUAUAUAUGGGGAUUUUCUAUUUAUAGAGGUAAUAUUUUUCUGUUUGUAUAUUUUGAGAUAAUUUAUUUAAUAUACUUUUAUAUAAAUAAAGGUGAUUGGGAAAUGUGA